AUGCGAUCCUUGAUACUUAUUGCGCUGCUUGCAGCUGUUGCAAGCGCAAGCGUGUCACCUUAUGCUAUCUGGCAGUUCAGGAAGAUGAUUAUGUGUGUGAUUCCUGACAGUUCUCCCAUUUUGGAUUACAAUGGAUACGGAUGUAACUGUGGAUUUGGUGGUUCUAAGUCUGAAAAAUAUGUUGAUGAAUUAGACAAGUGCUGCUUGAAUCAUGAUAAAUGCUACAGGCGGGCAAAGGAUCGGCACUGCAGAGAUUAUAUAGAUAGCCCAUACAUUGAACUUUAUUCUUAUUCUUGCUCUGGGGAAGAAAUCACCUGCAGCAGCAAGAAUAAACCCUGUGAGAGCGAUCUUUGUAACUGUGAUCGUACAGCAGCUAUCUGCUUUUCUGAAUCUAAAUAUAACCGUGACAACAAAAAUGUGGACAGAGACCUAUACUGCUGA